CGACCUUUAUCCAUGCCACCGCCGCGCCACAGCCUGAACCCUACCACGGUUUUUACUUUCGACCGCGGAACGUCGUUGGUAUAUAAAUCGACGCGGACGGCAUCAUUGCAGUGUACACUGUUUGCAGUUCUUCGGUCGAUCGUAUCGCAUAAACGCACACCACGUUCUACAUUUAUUUAUUCCGUUUUUUCGACAGAUAACAAAACCGAAACAACCGUCAUGUGCGACCAAGAAGUAGCAGCUCUGGUGGUGGACAAUGGUUCCGGUAUGUGUAAAGCCGGAUUCGCUGGUGACGACGCGCCCAGAGCCGUGUUCCCGUCGAUUGUCGGACGUCCGCGGUAUCAGGGAAUCAUGGUAGGCAUGGGCCAGAAGGACAGCUACGUCGGUGACGAAGCCCAAUCCAAGAGGGGCGUGCUCACAGUUAAGUACCCCAUCGAGCACGGAAUCGUCACUAACUGGGAUGACAUGGAAAAGGUGUGGCACCACACAUUCUACAACGAACUCCGAGUGGCACCCGAAGAACACCCCGUGUUGCUGACCGAAGCGCCACUAAACCCAAAAGCCAACCGCGAGAAAAUGACUCAGAUUAUGUUCGAGACGUUCAACACUCCGGCCAUGUACGUGGCCAUCCAAGCCGUACUGUCCCUGUACGCUUCCGGUCGUACCACCGGUAUAGUAUUGGACUCCGGUGACGGCGUUUCGCACACCGUGCCCAUUUACGAAGGUUACGCGCUACCGCACGCCAUCCUCCGUCUAGACUUGGCCGGUCGUGACCUGACCGACUACCUUAUGAAGAUCCUCACCGAAAGAGGAUACAGCUUCACCACCACCGCCGAGCGAGAAAUUGUCCGCGACAUUAAAGAGAAACUCUGUUACGUGGCGCUCGACUUUGAACAAGAAAUGCAAACGGCCGCGUCGUCCAGCGCUCUGGAGAAGUCUUACGAACUUCCUGACGGACAAGUGAUAACCAUCGGAAACGAACGGUUCCGUUGCCCAGAGUCGCUGUUCCAACCAUCGUUCUUGGGAAUGGAGUCGGCUGGCAUUCACGAGACCACGUACAACUCCAUCAUGAAGUGCGACGUAGACAUCAGGAAGGACCUGUACGCCAACACCGUGUUGUCCGGUGGAACUACCAUGUACCCAGGCAUUGCCGACAGGAUGCAGAAGGAGAUCACAUCGCUCGCACCGUCCACCAUGAAGAUCAAAACGAUUGCACCGCCUGAACGUAAAUACUCUGUUUGGAUCGGUGGAUCGAUCUUGGCGUCUCUGUCCACUUUCCAACAGAUGUGGAUUUCUAAAACCGAAUACGACGAGAGCGGUCCAUCCAUUGUUCACAGGAAAUGUUUUUAAAUGCCACGGCGAUAUGGUACAAACAUGCCACACUCGCACGUACGCACACACAUACACACAUACACACACACACACACACAUACACACACACACACACACACACACACACACACACAC